AGAUAUUGAUUAUAAAUCAGUAACGGUAAUCGAAAGUCAAUCACUGUGUGGUUGAAUAAUUCCUAGAAUUGUAAAUAUUCGUCAUUGUAGGAAAGAUUUUUCAAAAAGUUUCUAAAAAUAAUUCGAGACGAAUUCUAGACCUUUCAAGUAAGGUGUAGAUACCAUUCUAUGUCAAACUAUUACGCAUCGAAGAGUUCUUGCUAAUUGGAAAUAUAGUUCCGUAUUAUUAAUGGGUAUGAAAAUUAAUAUUGUUAUCUCCCUGAACACCUGUCAAUCGAAAUUUGGCACAGCGAUCAAGUGAGCCCACUUAUUGCAAAUAAACUCGGUGAGACCAGAAGAAAAUGAAAGCUAUAACGAUCUGAACAAAUUGUGCGAAGAUGGAUGCGUUGUCUUGGACAAUAAUCUGUGCCGACUUGCGUUAAGGCUCUUCAUUGUUGUGGUAUAAAUGGGCAAAAUCACGGCAUUAGCUUGUCAUUCAGUGAUAGUAACUGUAAAAGUUUCUACAAGUUUUCUUUUGAUCGAAAAUGGCACGUUUCUACGCUUUGGCUGCCUUUACGCUCUGCGCCAUUUUGGCUGUUAGUGUUGUGAGUGGCGGUAUUGUCCGGGAUAGCAGCAACGAAAUAGCGCCAGAGAAAGUGCGUCCAAUAAUGGUGGUCAAGGAUAUCAAUGAGUUUAAGAGAAAACAUCCAGGCCUGUCCUUGCUAGCGUUAAAGAAGGAGAGUGGCCAAGCGAGAAGCGGCUCCACGGUCGAGUAUAAAUUAGGCGGUCGUGUACAAGGCGACUUCUUGGCUGCUCAGAUAGCCGACGCUUUUAAUUAUGAAGAUGCGAAGGAUGUGACGGUUCAAUUGACUUACCCACAAGCUGGCACUGGCAGUAUAGUCACCUAUGUGUUAAUCCGUUGCGAAGCGGACUCAACUGAGGGCAACGCUUACGUUGUUGCCGGCGGUAUUGGCCAGCGUUUUAUUUCCAUUGUAUUGGAGUCUACUGCAACGCAAACAUUUUCCUACAAUGCGCAAUUCUAUGGCUCAAAUUAAUCGAAUUUCAAAUAAAUAAUAAAUACUAUUUUAUAAGCGAAAACUUUGUAUAAAUACAUGAAGGUAUCAAAAGAAUAAAAUAUCUUCUUUGAGAUUAUUUGUAAAGGCGC